AUGUCGAUGAUAUCCGCUAAAACCGGCCUUGCCCUAUUUUUAUCCUGUGUGGCGGUACUCACCUCCACUACUGUGGUAAUGGCACAAUGCGGAGGUAAUUUUCAAGGCCUUGUGCAGAAAUGCUCGAGGUAUGUUCAGAAAACGGGCCCCAGAGAAAGCCCGUCUCAAGAAUGUUGCAACGUUGUGAAAAAUGUCGACUUGCCAAGAAUGUUGCAACGUUGUGAAAAAUGUCGACUUGCCGUGCGUGUGCUGGCACAUAACGGGACAGGUUGA